AAUCCUUCUCUUCUUGGCCGCUCUUUCUCUCUCUCUCGAUACAUCCCUCUCCCAAGUUUAGGUCAGAAAAGUUCCCACCUUUCUCCAGUCCAUGGCCACCCGUCUUCAGUUUGAGAACAGCUGUGAAGUUGGCCUCUUUUCAAAACUCACUAAUGCCUAUUGCUUACUUGCUAUUGGAGGCUCUGAGGACUUUUACAGUGCUUUUGAGUCACAGUUAGCUGAUGCUAUCCCUAUCGUUAAGACCUAUAUUGGAGGAUCACGGAUCAUCGGGCGUCUAUGCGCUGGAAACAGGAACGGGCUUCUUGUGCCUCAUACAACUACUAACGAAGAGCUUCAACACUUGAGGAACAGUCUACCUGAUCAAGUCGUGGUCCAGAGAAUCGAGCAGCGUUUGUCUCCUCUUGGAGAUUGCAUUGCAUGCAACGACCGUGUUGCUCUUGCUCACACCGAUCUCGACGAGGAAACUGAGGAAAUAAUAGCGGAUGUUCUUGGCGUUGAAGUUUACCGUCAGAUAGUUGCAUGCAACCUUCUUGUAGGCCGUUACUGUGCCUUGUCCAACAGAGGUGGCAUCGUCCAUGCUUACACCUCAGAGGAAGAUUUGGACAAGCUUUUGACGCUACUUCGAGUCCCGCUCGUUGCGGGAACUGUGAACCGUGGUAGUGAAGUUAUAUCUGCGGGAAUGGCUGUCAAUGAUUGGACUGCUUUAUGUGGUUCAGACACAACUGAAACAGAACUCUCUCUUAUAGACAGCAUCUUCAAGCUAAGUGAAGAUUGUGAUAUAUACAAGAUCUCUACAUCGGAAUGGGAUUCACUUGUGAUCAACUCCGAAGUCCCGGUGAUGGUUAUGUUCAUAAAAGAUGACUGCCCCCCAUGUCAAUACGUGAGGUAUGUAAUGGAAAAACUCUACUCGAAAUACACAGGUCGGUUCAAAUUCUACACACUCGACGUUCAUGAAGAGACAGGCAUCGCAAGACGCUACAACAUAUUAAGAAACUAUUCAAAAAAGGGAAUAAUCUACGACAUAUUUAAUGUCCCGACUACUAUUUUCUUCAAAGGCGGAGACGAGAUGGCUAGAGUAAAUGAAAUCCAUCUUUAUGAAUUAGAAAGACUAGUGGAGCAAUACGAUGCCUUGGUCUAUACCUCCAAGCCUAAGGUAAACAAGAUUUCUGGAACGGAAUGGGAUUCACUUGUGAUCAAGUCCGAAGUCCCGGUGAUGGUUAUGUUCACACAAGAUUUGAGUGCCUCAUGUCAGUCCAUGAGCUUGUUAAUGGAUAAACUCGGCUCGAAAUACACAGGUCGGUUCAAAUUCUACGUACUCAACGUUGAUGAAGAGACAGGAAUCGCAAAGCGUUACGACAUUCUCUUUGUCCCGACUACUAUUGUCAUCAAAGGCGGAGGCGAGAUGGCUAGAAUAUUUGGACUCCAUCUUUAGGAACUAGAGAGACUAGUGGAGCAAUACGUGUGAUGAGACUAGUCGAGAGUAUGCUUGUUUACAUUUGCUAUUUUUUUUGUCAUAUAACCCUUGCUUAUGUGUACGAAGAAUAUCAUGUU